AUGCUGAGGCCGCCGUCACCAGACACACUCUACGGGAUGCACUACGAGGAGCAGCUGAUCGACUACAGCGAUGUGGACAUCCGGCUGCCGAUGCUGGUAUACAUGUCAAGGGAGAAGCGGCCAGGGUACGACCACAACAAGAAGGCCGGAGCCAUGAAUGCGCUGGUGCGGUGCUCCGCCGUCAUGUCCAAUGGCCCCUUCAUCCUCAACUUCGACUGCGACCACUACAUCAACAACGCACAGGCGGUCCGCGAGGCCAUGUGCUUCAUGAUGGACCGCGGUGGCGAGCGCAUCUGCUACAUCCAGUUCCCGCAGAGGUUCGAAGGCAUCGACCCAUCCGACCGCUACGCCAACCACAACACCGUCUUCUUCGACGGGAACAUGCGCGCGCUCGACGGCCUCCAGGGGCCCAUGUACGUCGGCACGGGCUGCAUGUUCCGGCGGUUCGCGCUCUACGGCUUCGACCCGCCCCGCACGGCGGAGUACACCGGCUGGAUGUUCAAGAAGAAGAAGGUGACCACGUUCAAGCAGGACCCGGAGUCGGACACGCAGUCGCUCAAGACGGAGGACUUCGACGCCGAGCUCACGGCGCAGCUGGUGCCCAGGCGUUUCGGCAACUCGUCGGCGAUGCUGGCGUCCAUCCCCGUCGCCGAGUUCCAGGCGCGCCCCAUCGCCGACCACCCGGCGAUACUGCACGGCAGGCCACCGGGCUCGCUCACCGUGCCUCGCGCUCCGCUCGACCCGCCCACCGUCGCCGAGGCCGUCUCCGUCAUCUCCUGCUGGUACGAGGACAAGACAGAGUGGGGCGAGCGCGUGGGGUGGAUCUACGGCUCCGUCACCGAGGACGUGGUCACCGGCUACCGCAUGCAUAACCGCGGCUGGCGCUCCGUCUACUGGAUCAGCAAGCGCGACGCCUUCCUCGGCACAGCCCCCAUCAACAUGACCGACCGCCUGCACCAGGUGCUGCGAUGGGCGACGGGGUCGGUGGAGAUCUUCUUCUCGCGGAACAACGCGUUCCUGGCGUCACGGAGACUCAUGUUCCUGCAGCGGGUGGCGUACCUCAACGUCGGCAUCUACCCGUUCACCUCCAUCUUCCUGCUCACCUACUGCUUCAUCCCGGCGCUCUCCCUCUUCUCCGGCUUCUUCAUCGUGCAGACGCUCAACGUCGCCUUCCUCUGCUACCUCCUCACCAUCACCAUCACCCUCAUCGCGCUUGGGGUCCUCGAGGUCAAGUGGUCCGGCAUAGAGCUCGAGGACUGGUGGCGCAACGAGCAGUUCUGGCUCAUCUCAGGCACGAGCGCGCACCUUUACGCGGUGGUGCAGGGGCUGCUCAAGGUGAUGGCCGGGAUCGAGAUCUCCUUCACGCUCACGGCCAAGGCGGCGGCGGAGGACAACGAGGACAUCUACGCGGACCUCUACGUCGUCAAGUGGUCCUCGCUACUCAUCCCGCCAAUCACCAUCGGCAUGAUCAACAUCAUCGCCAUCGCCUUCGCCUUCGCCCGCACCGUCUACAGCGACAACCCUCGCUGGGGCAAGUUCAUCGGCGGCGGCUUCUUCAGCUUCUGGGUGCUCGCGCAUCUCUACCCAUUUGCAAAGGGUCUUAUGGGCCGCCGCGGCAAAACGCCCACCAUCGUCUUCGUCUGGUCAGGCCUCAUCUCCAUCACUAUCUCCCUCCUAUGGGUCGCCAUCAGUCCGCCCGACGCAAACUCUUCUGGCGGUGUUCGCGGUGCCGGGUUUCAGUUUCCUUGA